AUGCGCUCAAUGAUCGCUCAGCGCGGGCUAUCCCUCGCCACAAACUCGGCUCCGCGAAGUGCAGCGUGUAGGGCGAUUAUCACCAGUCACAGAGACUUCAAAUCAGUGGUGCCCGCGCAGCAGCGAGGCCUGACCAGCGGCGUGGCGGCACGUGCGGGGGACAUCGGCGCGAUGCUUUCAGGCCUGAAGAAGGCGCUUGGACAGGCUGGCAGCGCGGCCUCCCCGGCGGCCGGCGCCGUGCUGUCCUUCUCUGACACCGCGCCCAGCUGGGAGCAGCUCGAGGAGAUUGUCAGGGCGCAGGAGCGCGAGCACGGCGUCAACUUCCUGGCUCCAGACCUGGACAAUGGCCCGACCCACCCGCUGGCCCUGAAGCGUACGUUUGGCAGCAGCGAGCCCAUCCGCGUGAAGCUGUACCGUGACCAUGCGGCGUGGUGCCCGUACUGCCAGAAGGUCUGGCUGCAGCUCGAGGAGAAGAGGAUCCCCUAUGUGAUUGAGAAGAUCAACAUGCGCUGCUACGGCGACAAGCCGGCUUCCUUCAUGGCCAAGGUCCCCAACGGCCUGCUGCCCGUGCUGGAGAUCGACGGCCGCGUCGUGACCGAGUCCAGUGUCAUCAUGGGCCUGCUGGAGGACGCCUUCCCGGACCACAAGCCCCUGCUGCCGCCAAAGGGCAGCGAAGCGCGCGCGCGCGCGGAGGCGCUGAUGCGGCUGGAGAGGAGGUUCUUUGGGACGUGGCUCGAGUGGCUGUGCAGCGGCUGGGGCCAGCCUGCGGCGCAGGCGGGCUUUGAGCGCACCAUGGACGCCGUGGCAGAGGCACUGCAGGCCGAGGGGGGCCCCUUCUUCCUGGGCGCUGACAUCAGCCUGGUGGACAUCACCUUUGCACCCAUGCUGGAGCGCGCCAACGCCAGCCUCGCCUACUACAAGGGGUUCUUCAUCCGCGGCAAGGGCCAGUGGCCGGCGGUGGAGCGGUGGUUUGAGGCGAUGGAGGCGCGCCCCACCUACCUCGGCACCCGCAGCGACCACUACACCCACUGCCACGACCUGCCGCCGCAGCUGGGAGGCUGCUACAUGAGCGACGCCGGGGAGCCCUGGGCGGCCGCCAUCGACGGCCAGGACGGCAGCAGCUGGCGCCUGCCCCUGGCGCCCCUCGGGCCGGCGGCGCUGCCGGAGCCGUACUCUGUCCCGGAGAACCCGCCGGCCGACCGGCUGGAGGCGGCGGCGCGCAUGGUCGCGAACCACAAGCCGAUCGUGCGCUUCGCCCUCCGCGGCCCCGGCCGCCCCGGCGCGCGCCCCGUCAGCGCGCCGCUCGCGGACCCGACCGCCGUCCCCGCCGACGCGCCCGCGCCUGCGGUCGACGCUGCGCUGCGGCACGUGGUGCACGCGCUGCUGGCGGGGGUUGAGGCGAAGCAGCUGUCCAAGGACCACGCCCUGCUGGUCGCGGAGGGCGGGGCCAGCUGGCCGGGCAGCUUCCAGGGGUCCGACGUGUUUGCGGCUGCUGAGUACCUGCGGGACAGGGUCGGGGUGCCGAGGGACAUGCGGAUGCCGGCGGCGCGGCAGCUGCGGGCGCAUUUGAACUGGCUGAUCGACAGCCUGCGGCCAGCGGCGGCGUAG